CCCGGCCUAAUGCGGCUGCGCAGUCUGGCGUCAAACAGCGGGGCGGGAGCCGCGCAAGGCAAGGCAUGGCAUAGGCGGGGCCUGGGGCCUACUGUACGGUCCGGGGACCCCCACCGUGGCCAGAGAACUCACACCACGGCCUGGAGACCCUUGGUAUGGCCUGGGGACUCUCACCGUGGUCCGUGGCUCACAAACCUCUCAUGGCUUGCUGACUCUCAUCAUGGCUUCAGGACCCCAACCGUGGCCUGGGGACCUCUGCGAUGGCCUAAGGACCUGAACUUUGUCGUGGAGGACCCCUUGCCCUGGGGCACCUCAGGCUUUUGGGGAUAUCCCACCAUGUGUGACAGCCAGCAGAUGCCCAGCAGGGCACAGGAGGUGUUCUGGGAGCUCUGCAUUUCUGGAAAUUUCCUGACAGUGAGUCAUAUUGGUGCCAGUCUCGGCCACAGGAGCUGUGCAGGGCUGGAUGGCACUUUCAGGAAGUGAAACGGGUGCCAGGAAAACACCCCAACAGCCCGAGUCCACGCAAGCCCAGCCACGCACAUCCCCGGCCCUCCCAGCAUGGUGCAAUCUGGCGCGCUGGACAAACAUGAGGGUGAGGAGUGUCCCUGAAGGCCAUGACUCUGAAGAACAUGUCCCCAGGGUGGCAUGAGCGGGCACAAGAAACAAAGUGGACAGCAAGGUCCUGCACCCAUUGGUGUUAGGGCAGCGAGGACGAGAGGGGUGACAGAAGGCACAGCUGGCCAUGGCACCAGGGGUCUGGGCAGUGCAGGAGGAAGCAAUGGGAAAUGGUGGAGUGGCAGCACUUGUAUCACCAGCCACUUCCGGGACACCCACAAUCCCUGGCCCUGACAAGGGUGGGUGUCAUCACAGCUGUGCUGGGGCUGGGAUUGGGACUGGGGUCAGAGCUGGCACUGAGUCCGCCUCCCUGCUAGGUGAACCAAAUGGCAGCCUGACACAUGGCACAGGCCCCACACAUCAACCCCAAACAUUGCCUCUGCUCUCUGCCCCACACGCCAGCCCUGGAGCAUCCUUCUGCUCUGCCCCAUACUCUGCUCCUGGAACAUCCCCUGUCUGCUCCAUGCUCUGCCUCUCCACUGCACUGCUUGGGGGCAACCAGCUCCCCCAGCCCUCCAGUCUCAACAGAGUAAUUGGGUAAAACCAGGCAUUGCGAAACCUGGAAAUCCCACUCUGACGGCGCUUCCUUCUAGAGACUCUUGAAAACCAGCCACACUGACGCUGGGCUCAGAGAGCAGCCAAACAGCACUGCAGGCAGGGCAGGCAGGAGCAGGCAGCCAAGUGCCUCAGAAGUUUGCAGGUAUUGUGAAGUCUCUGCCCGCAGCUCUGCAGUCAGCACCGGCAAUGGCAUUCGUCCCUGAUUUGGACACACUGGAGAGCGGCAGCCUGAAUGAGGAGACACUGUAUGGCCCCAACUGUCUCUGCCUGCAGAAGAAGCCCCGACUGGACUUGGAGGUGACAUCACCUGAGGUGGGCAUCCAGGUGACAGUGACAAAAGGACACCUUUCCAGGACCUUCCGCCAGGCUGCCAUCCUGGUGGUUGCUGUGACCAAGCUCCUAAAGCAGCCGUCGCACAAGGACUUUGCUGAUAGUGACCUGGGCAGCUUCUUGGAUGAUAUUUUUGAGCCCAUCUCCUUCCAGUGCAUCAAGGGCAGUUAUACCAGGCCACCCGUUUUCCGCUACACUCGCUCCCAGUCCUUUGACAUCCUGGACAUUGACCACAAGUGCUUCGUACUGGAGUCACCCACUCAGCUGGUGGCCCUGCACCUGCAGGGACCCUCUGCAGGACAGAAAGUGAAGCUCAACAUUGCUCUGUACCGUCCCCGGUCAUCACAAGGCGGUCCAGGGUCUGGAAGGGCGCCGGUGGCAUUGGGUAUCAAGGGUUACCAACUCUAUAUGUCAUGUGUGAUGAGUGGCACCAAGCCCAUGCUGCAGCUGGAGGAAGCUGACAUCAGGAGGGAUAUUGAGAGUGUGGAGCUGACACGAUUCAUCUUCUACCGCCUGGACAGCCCAGCUGAGGGGACCACCCGCUUUGAGUCGGCCGCCUUCCCCGGCUGGUUCAUUUGCACUUCCCUGCAGCCCCGCCAGCCUGUAAGCAUCACGAACACCCCAGACCAGGUGAACAUUGCUACCUAUGAGCUGAGUGGGCGCUGAGGAUGCUGCAUCAACCCAAUCGGCAGUCACCGGUUUUCAGGCUGUAUGUACCAAGUACAACCCCCUGGGACACAACCCCCAUCCCCAUCUAUUUCAUGUGAAAUAGCAGCUCUGGGCCCCAUGGGCUCGAGCCACCCCAGUCUGUAUUUAUUUAUUGUGUCUGCCCAUUGCUUUGGUACUUAUUUAUUGUGCCCCCUUAUUUAUUUUUGCUUUUAACUUGUAUGUGAAUGGAGGUGGAAAUAAAAAGUUUUCUGGGACAGCA